GUGGCCGUUCUUGUGAUGCCGUGGAAGGCUAUGUCUGAGGUGGCCGGCUGCUGGAUCUUCGGCAGCUUCUGUGAUACCUGGAUAGCUUUUGACAUCAUGUGCUCCACCGCGUCAAUUCUCAAUCUUUGUAUAAUAAGUAUGGACAGAUACUGGGCAAUUUCGAGCCCUUUUCGAUAUGAGCGUAAAAUGACCCAGAGGUUUGCCUUCGUUAUGAUCGGAGUGGCAUGGACCCUCUCUAUUCUUAUCUCCUUCAUUCCAGUUCAGCUCAAUUGGCACAGAGCAGAGGAGGAAAAUGCAACAGGGAACGACAUUAAUGAAAUCGAGGACUGCAACGCAAGCUUGAAUAGCACAUAUGCCAUAUCUUCCUCACUGAUAAGUUUUUACAUUCCAGUUGUUAUUAUGGUUGGCACUUACACCCGGAUCUUCCGGAUUGCCCAAACCCAGAUCCGCAGAAUAUCAUCGCUGGAGAGAGCCGUGGAACACGCGCAGAACAAUCAGCAAGCAACCGAGCAAACAAACUGCUUAAAAAGAACUUUUAAAAAAGAAACGAAAGUUUUAAAGACACUUUCUAUCAUUAUGGGAGUUUUUGUAUUUUGCUGGUUACCUUUUUUCGUGGUCAACUGCAUAGUACCUUUUUGUGACAUCAAUAAUGUUGGUGAUCGCCUGUGUGUAAGUAACACCACUUUUAACAUGUUUGUGUGGUUUGGAUGGGCCAACUCAUCGUUAAACCCAGUCAUAUACGCAUUUAAUGCUGAUUUCAGGAAAGCAUUCUCCACCAUUCUGGGCUGCAAUAGAUACUGUUCCAGUUCUACUGUAGAAGCUGUCAAUUUCAGCAACGAGUUGGUGUCUUACCACCACGACACUACGCUCCAGAGAGACACAAAUAUCACUGCCUCUGCGCACUGUGCUCAACGCCAGCCCGUGGUCUCACACGGUGAAGACUUGGACGUACCGUUUGACAAAGUCUCCAUUAUCUCGGAUGUUUCACGUAACCCAAGAAACCUUAUCCUGCCUGCAACAUUACAGUUUGAAUGUGAAGCAGAAAUAUCCUUAGAUAUGAUGCCUUUCCCCUCAACUGGGCCCAGUGAGUGCUGUGUGAUUCCAGGUCAAAUUGAGGAUAUGUGA